UUUGUUUGAGGACAAUCAACGAGCCUCUUUGUCGACAACCGCCUAGACCCGCUCACGAAUGUGGUUGAAUAACCAUCGACAAAGGAAAACAUAGCGGACACAGCCAGGUACCGCGUCGCCGGACCUCUUCAGGACAUAAGAGUCCAGAGAUAACUUGAAUUAUACAACAUCGUCACACAUCAACAACCAUGUGGUUGUCAACAAUAAGAUCGGUCGCGCUCUUGUCAGGGCUUGCGGCUCUUGUCCCAGGUGCUAUUGCCGCAGAGCCCAUGCUCACCUCGAAUUCGUUGAACAAUUGUCAAGAGGAUUCCCAGUUUACCGCCAGUCUCUUCCAGGUCGUUUACACCCCGAAUAACAACACAGCUUUCCUGAACAUCGUCGCGACAUCAUCCGUCGAAGGAAAAGUCAAUUUCGAUAUCGACAUCUCAGCAUAUGGCUACAGUAUCAUCUCGACAACUAUCGACCCUUGCACGGUUGGGCUUGCUGGUCUCUGUCCCAUGACUGCGGGUAAGAUUCCGCUGAAGUUCAACUUACCUGUCGGCGAGGAAGCCGCUUCUCAGAUUCCCAGUAUCGCCUACAAUUUCCCCGAUCUAGACGCCACUGUCCGUGUUACCUUAAAAAUGACCGACACGGGAAAGAGUGUCGCCUGUGUCGAAGCUGAUAUCUCUAACGGCAAGACUGUCAACUUGAUUGCUGUCAAGUGGGUUCUCGCUAUCAUUGCCGGUUUGGUACUCUGUUCUUCAGCUAUUAUCAACGGCCUUGGUCACUCUAACGCUGCUGCCCAUAUCGCUUCCGGCGCGCUUUCGCUGUUCAGCUUCUUCCAAGCCCAGGCUAUUCUUGGUCUAACCUCUAUCCAUUUGCCCCCGGUUGUUCAGUCGUGGACUCAGGAUUUCCAGUGGUCGAUGGGUAUCAUCAAUGUCGAUUUCAUGCAGGAUAUCUUUACCUGGUAUCAGCGAGCUACUGGUGGUACACCUUCCACCAUUUUCGACUCUUUGACGACCGUUUCGGUGCAAGUAGAGAAGCGCGCGCUCUCCGUCCUUCCCGAUGCUGCUGUUGAUUUGUACCGACGAUCGGCUGCGAUCCUUCCCCGCGGUGCUUCAUCACUGAUGAAGCGCGGUAACGUAAUGACGGGCUCAGGCAGUUACCUCGUGUACGGUAUCCAGCGUGUGGCUUUCAGAGCCGGUAUUGAGACGACAAAUCUUUUCAUGACUGGUUUGACGUUUUUCUGCCUGUUCGUUGUCGUUACCAUUGGUGCCGUGGCUGCAUUCAAGGGUCUCUGCGAAUUAGCUGUGAAGCAAAAGUGGAUGAAAGGCGAUACUUUCCUCGAGUUCCGCAAUGGAUGGCUCACGGUCUUGAAGGGUAUCCUGUUCCGACUUACCCUUAUUGGUUACCCUCAGAUGGCUAUCUUGUGUCUCUGGGAGUUCACGCAGAAUGACUCGCCCGCUGAAAUGGUUCUAGCAGUAUUCUUCAUUAUUGGAAUGACGGCUACUCUAGGCUGGGCUGCCUCUAAGGUCAUCCGAAUCGCUCGCCGCUCGGUUGCUAUGCACCGGAACCCCGCGUACAUCCUCUUCUCCGAUCCCCAGGCGUUAAACAAGUGGGGAUUCUUAUACGUCCAGUUCCGUGCCUCCGCGUAUUACUUCAUUAUUCCGGUCCUUGGAUAUUCUCUGGUCAAGGCCAUGUUCAUCGCCUUCUCGCAAGGCAACAGCACUGCCCAGGCCAUUGGAUUUCUCCUGAUCGAAGCUGCUGCUCUGAUUACCGCCAGUGUACUCCGACCCUGGAUGGACAAGAGCACUAACUCGUUCAACAUUGCCAUUUUCUGCGUUAACUUUAUCAACGCAAUUUUCUUAUUGAUUUUCUCAGAUGUUUUCAACCAGCCUGCGUUAGUCAAUGGUGUUAUCGGUCUUAUUUUGUUCUUCCUUAAUGCUAUAUUUGCUACCAUCCUCCUAAUCAUGGUCAUUGUUUCGACCACCCUGGUCUUCUAUCGCAAGAACCCCGAUGGUCGUUACCAGUUCAUGGCUGAUGACAGAACGUCGUUCAUGAAGUCGCAAUCUCAACUCACAGGUACUACCGAACUAGACGCCCUUGCCGCCACCGCUCGCGGUGACAAGGCGGGCUACAAGCACGGAUUAGACCUGGACGACGACAACGAGUCGAUAUCCUCUGCUGAACUGCGCCGUCGUACGGAUUCGUCGAACUUAACCGUCCCUACGAGAGCCCCGAGCAACCCAUACGGCCGCAGCAACACGAACCCGCCCCAUUCCCCAGUAGAUCCCUCGGUACCUCUAUUUCCGGCCGCUGGUGGUCCACCAAGGGCUCAGAGCCCCUAUGCCGGAUCCAGCGCUCCCUUGCAACAACAGCACAGUGGCAGUCCUCCUUCAUAUCGAGCACAGAACAAUGCUAGUCCGUGGCAACGAGGUGCAGGUUACGAACACUAGGUAACGGUUAUGAUGCCGGAAGGAGGUUUCUACUAGCAGGACGUAGACCGAGUGUUAAAUAAUACUAGGAUACAAUCAUGACAAUGGGGCCGGAGUUAAUAUAGG